ACCUGCUAUACCGGUAGGGAAAUUGUUAGUGCCGUGGUUAUGUUAGCUAUAUAACAGCAGCUUGUUGGCUAGCUCACUGCUAGCCUUUCCAGUGCAUUAUCGUUGUUCUUUAAAAGUAUUUAGCUGGAAGCAGAAGAAUAGCAACUGAAAACGCUUGCAAGUAGGAUAAUAAGGAGACGAAACCAUGUCAUUAUAAAGUUAAAUAUCUUGAAUUAAUAUGAAAUAUCCUUCAUACCUCUCGUUUGAAUGAAUACGUACGACGUGCUCUUUGUUUACGUCUGUUCUUCUUCUUCGUUAGGAUUUGGUUGUCAGUUCGCGUAUACCGCCAUCUACUGUAUCGGCGUGUGAGGCCAUUCACGGCCUACCUACAUGUGUGUGUGUGUGUGUGUGUGUGUGUGUGUGUGUGUGUGUGUGUGUGUGUGUGUGUGUGUGUGUGUGUGUGUGUGUGUGUGUGUGUGUGUGUGUGUGUGUGUGCGCACCAUUCUUCUUUUUAAAAUUUAUAUUGGCGGAUCGCAACCAACUGAAAUGUACUGGAUUGUGAGACUGGGCACAACCUCCCUAUUGCGUAUUUCUCAUGUAUUUGUCUUUUCCGCCUGUAUUUCCACCUACUGGAGUGAAUUCCUUACACUUUAUGAUGCAAAGGUGAAGAGAAAAGGAUGGGGAAAAGGGAAGAAGAAUGACCUUACACACGAACCCUACAGUUGCACCCAUUAAAACCUCACCUCACCACUAGUUGGGAGUCAUUUUCAAGCUCUGGAAGUGACAUUUAAAACAGUUGCCGGGGCCAGACAUAGAGCCAGAAUGAAGGAAAAUAAUCGGACCCCUGCAAUGGUCACAUAAAUAAUAUACGUAAACGAGGGGUCUUGGCUAUUUUAUGGAGAGUGAGAGCUAGUCAGACCCAUGAACAAUAGGCCUUAUCAACUAAUGAUUAUGGCCCAAACAAGAUGACCUUGAAUACAGAAAUAUAUGGAAUACAAAAGCAGCCGCAUUUCCUAUAGAGAAUUGUUCUGUUGCCUAUUACAACAAGUGAAUCAUGUUCAGUGUGUGCAUCUCUGCAUGUGAGUAAUAUUGAUAAUAAUGCAUUGUGCUAGUGUUCUGUAUUCUGUCCACCCACAGUACUGGAGUAGACUACAGUGGUUUGUUUAUGGAGCUGAAGGUGCAGCUUGCUCACUUCAGCAGAGCAGACAGCAGUCACAUCGUCAGGACCCAGGACAAUGAAUUAUAGAUGAGGAACAUUCCAGAGAUGAGUCAUGCUACCUCUGCACACACACAGCCAACCAGCCAGACUGUGUGUGUGUGUGCAUGUGUGCAUGCGUGUGAGUGUAUUAGAAUGGGAGAAUGCUAGAGGGAGAGAGGAAGGCAAGGAGAGAGUGUGUGUAUGCCUACGUGUUUGUGUGUGUGUGUGCGUGCGUGUGUGUGUGUGUGUGUGUGUUUGUGUGUGCGUGUGUGUGUGUGUGUGUGUGUGUGUGUGUGUGUGUGUGUGUGUGUGUGUGUGCGUGCGUGUGUGUGUGUGUGUUUGUCUCUGAGGGGGAGAAUAUUGCUAGAGAAAAUGCUAACUGCUUGCUUUUAUACCAGUGCUCCCCACUCUGUUUUCUUUAUGUCAGGAAGAGAAGGAAGAACAGAUGGAAACUGAUCUCAGUUAGUCCUACAUCUACCAAUAUUUAUGUUCAGUUUUAACACCAACAUUUUAUUGUUCACAGUUGUCAUACUGCCCUCUCCAUACGCCCUAGAUAAGUUAGUACGAAAACAACAUAGGCCUACCAAAAUAAAUACACAGCCUCUCUCUCCUAUCCCUUCCAGGCAAACCCCCCCCUAUGAAAAAUGAUAUCCCCCUACAUCCCGACCCACUGCCUGAUUCUAUCCCCUGACCGAUUCCCUCUUUUGUUUCCAAAAUGACAACAGCAGACAGAAAUAGAAUCUUCUCCACCGUGCAAUGUCAUAAAUCGCUGCUGCCUGCCUGCCCAUCCUGGCCAGCAGCUGUGGCUCCCUCCCUCCUUCCUUUCCUCCCUCCCUUUCUCCUCAGUGCUAAUGGACGUUAGUCUUCAGCCAAGCUGCAUGUAGAGAGAGGGAGAAGGCUACUGUCGGAUGGUGUUUGAUGUUGACCCUUGUCUGUUUAAUUGUUUCUAGAUAAAUCUCCAUUUGACUGGUUGGAUGAGAAAUUGGAAUGUACAAAAAUCACAUAAAAGACACCAACAACAACUACAAUAAAAGCCUUCUCCCUGACCAUAAGGAGAAGCUGAUCCAGGCUAUUAAAAGAAUAAAGCAUGAGGUAGACGAGUGCUGGGAGGCAGAGAGAGAGACGUACAUAUGGUCUGUUGGUGUAGAGAGAUGUUUUGAUAAUCUGGAACGGGAGGUCCGAGCUGAGUUCCAGAACCUCCAUCGCUUCCUGGAUGAAGAGGAGACCAUGGACAUGGAGCGACUGAAGAAGGAGAAAGAGAAGAGGGUGAAGCUGCUUAGGGAGAGAGAGAAGAAGAUUGCCAUGCAGGGAAGAGAUCUGGAGAGAGGCAUUGCCACGCUAAACAACAAGCUGGCCGAGGAGGAUAGUCCCAAACUGCUCAAAGAGAUUCAAGACCUCUUGAAAAGGUCGCAGGUGGCUUUCAUACCGCCUCCGCAGGUGGAUGUGGAGGUGCGAUCAGCACACUUUGUGGGGCCCAUCCAGUACAGGAUAUGGAAACACAUGAAGAGCUGCCUGUACCCAAAUAUCACUGAAGUGACCUUUGACCCAGAGACAGCCCACCCCCUCCUCACCCUCUCCCCCAGCUGCACUUCUGUGUGGUUCGAGGAGGACAAAGUUAUCCCCAAGGCCUCGGAGGAGGAGCAGCCCCCCAACCCCCGCUGCUUCCACUACUACUACAGUGUCAUGGGCCGAGAAGGCUUCAUCACCGGACGCCAUUACUGGGAGGUGGAGGUGGGCCGCAAGACAGCGUGGCGGCUGGGUGUGGCCAGGGAGGACGUCCACCGGGGGGAGAUGGACUCCAGCGGGACCAGUAACGGUCUCUGGACCCUAUCCCUGAAGGGAGGGGCCAUCUUGGCCUGUACAGACCCCAAACCCACCAAGGUCCCGGUGUCCAUCAGGCCCGUCCGGAUCGGAGUGUUCUUAGACUGUGAGAAGGAGGAAGUAGCGUUCUAUAACGCUGUUACCAUGACGCCGCUGUACACAUUCUCCAUGGAAACGGUGUUCGUUCCGCUGAUCCCCUUCUAUAACCCGUGUGACACGGACGAUGGGAGGAACCUGGGUCCCCUAAACCUCUUCAGCCCCUCUAUAUGAGAGUACAGAGAACCAAGAAGAACCAAGGUUGUACUGCAGUACAUUUCGUUUGGGGAUGCGGUGAAAGGAUAUAGAGAAUUUGUAAAUGGUUUGUUUUAUACAGUGUGUGUUUCUGGUAUAAUUUCAUAGCUGGCUGGAAGCAUGAUGUAAAUUGUAUCAGUUAGAAAAUCCAAUGAGUUUAUUAUAUGCAUUUACAUUUACCAGGGAAGGCUGGUGUGAGGAGCUAUAGGAGGACGGGCUAAUUGCAAUGGAAUGGAAUCAAUGGAACGGAGUCAACGAGGUUUCCAUAUGUUUGAUACUGUUCAAUUUAUUCCAUUCCACCCAAUACAAUGAGCCCAUCCUCCCACACGCCUCUACUGACAUGUACCUAACCAGCUCUAUGGUAUAGCACUAUCAAUUCAUGUUUAUGCCAUUGCGUUCAGUUGUUUGCAUUGUGGUUUGAAUACUGACAUUUUAUUGUCAUUAAAUACACAAAUAAAUAGGUAAACAAAUUAACACAAAACCUUGGUCUGUGCCUAUAACACCAGAAUGUGAUAUUUUUGUCAUAGUGUCACAUAAUAGGUUAUGAAUGUAGAAAAACCAGACUAAGGUAUCGAAAACAAGUCCCAAAACUGAGCAAAGGCCAAAUGCCAGUAUCCUAGUGGGGGUAGAUACCACGGGGCCUCAGGACUUAACAGGAGGGGUUAACUGCACAAUGAUGUUACCUUUGGCCCAUCUAUAAAUACUGUGGUCAUGCAUCCACAGCUGUGACACUUUGUCAGCAGUCCAAAUGUCACCCUAUUCCCUAUAUAGUGCACUACUUCUGACCAGGGCCAAUGGGCCCUAGUAAAAAGUAGUGCACUAAAUAGGGAAUAAUGUGCCAUUUGGGAUGUAUCUA